AUGGCUGCUAAGCCAUGGGCCCAAGACCCCCACUACUUCAAAUCGAUUCGUAUAUCUGCCACCGCACUCCUUAAGAUGGUUAUGCACGCUCGAUCGGGAGGAAAUCUCGAGGUGAUGGGACUCAUGCAAGGGUUUGUGGCUGCCAAUACGUUUGUCGUCACUGAUGCAUUUCGAUUGCCGGUGGAGGGGACAGAGACCAGAGUCAACGCCCAAGAUGAAGCGAACGAGUACAUGGUUUCAUAUCUACAAUCUUGCCGUGAUUCCGGAAGAAUGGAAAACGCGAUUGGCUGGUACCAUAGUCACCCGGGUUACGGAUGCUGGUUGUCCGGUAUCGAUGUUUCGACACAAGACACGCAACAGACUUAUUCAGAUCCUUUCGUUGCCGUGGUUAUUGACCCGGAUCGUACCAUAUCUGCUGGAAAAGUCGAGAUUGGUGCAUUCAGAACCUACCCUAAAGACUAUACUCCACCCGGUUCUGGGCAGGAGGAAGAUGAUGAAUACCAAAGUAUACCACUGAAUAAGGUUGAGGAUUUCGGUGCCCAUGCGUCACAAUACUAUUCUCUGGAUGUUUCAAACUUCAAAAGCACAUUAGACACCAAAAUAUUAUCUCUACUUUGGAAUAAAUACUGGGUUGCAACCAUCAGCCAGAGUCCGCUUUUCACCAACCGAGACUAUGGAAGCAAACAGAUAAAUGACCUCAGCCAGAAGAUAAAGCGAGCCGCCAGAACAAUGGAAGGUGGAAAUGCUGGUGCGAGGGGUGGUAUACUAGGCGAUGCUAUCGUGGAUGGGAAAGAGACCCUAACAGCAAAGGACCAGCAGCUUGUCAAGAUUGUCAAAGACGGAGAUCGGAUCGUUGGAGAAGAAAUGGCUGGUCUAAUGGCGGCAGAGAUCAAAGAAGUUCUAUUCAAGGGAGUUGGACAAGCCGGCCCCCAAAAAUCGACUUGA